AUGGCCGGAGCCGUACCCGCCGCGCCCCUCCUCAAAGACGAGCUCGACAUUGUGAUCCCGACGAUUAGGAACCUCGAUUUCCUCGAGAUGUGGCGGCCGUUUUUCGAGCCGUACCACCUGAUCAUCGUCCAGGACGGCGACCCGUCGAAGACGAUCAAGGUGCCGGAAGGUUUCGAUUACGAGCUCUACAAUCGUAACGAUAUUAACAGGAUCUUGGGGCCCAAGGCGUCCUGCAUCUCGUUCAAGGACUCUGCGUGUCGGUGCUUUGGGUACAUGGUGUCCAAGAAGAAGUAUAUCUACACCAUCGACGACGAUUGCUUUGUUGCCAAAGACCCAUCUGGAAAGGACAUCAAUGCCCUCGAGCAGCACAUAAAGAAUCUCCUGAGCCCAUCUACCCCUCAUUUUUUCAACACACUUUACGACCCGUAUGUGGAUGCUGUGUUGACAAUUCCCAAGGGUACCAUUUUCCCUAUGUGCGGUAUGAAUUUGGGGUUCAACCGUGACUUGAUUGGGCCGGCUAUGUACUUUGGGCUCAUGGGAGAUGGUCAGCCCAUUGGGCGAUACGAUGACAUGUGGGCUGGCUGGUGCACCAAGGAGUACAAAGGCAUAUACUGGCAAGAAGAGAUCAUCCCUUUUUUCCAGUCAGUAACUCUCCCGAAAGAAUGCACCACCGUUCAGCAGUGCUAUCUCGAGCUUGCUAAGCUUGUCAAGGCCAAGCUCUCGUCUGUCGACCCUUAUUUCACCAAGUUGGCUGAUGCUAUGGUGACGUGGAUCGAGGCCUGGGAUGAGCUCAACCCGUCUGGAGAUGGUCCCGCUAAGAUUUCCAAUGGUGUUGCGAAAAAAUAG